AUGGAAGAGACAGAAACUGAACAAUUUGCACAAGCGUGUUUCGAUAAUAAUUUAUAUUUGGUUGAAUUAUUUUUGGAGCAAAUGACUCUUGAAGAAAUUAAUUAUCAAUUAAAACCAGAUUUAGUUACUGCAUUAGGUUGUGCUGCAUAUUUAGGUAAUAGUGAAAUUAUUUCAAUACUACUUGAUCAUGGAGCAUCACCAACACUAAAAACUGUUGAUGGACAAACACCAUUUGACUUUGCACAAACAAAAGAAAUUCAACAGCUAUUCGACAUGAAAAUUGACAAACGAAAUUUUGAUAAAUUUAUUAUUGCCAAUAAAAGUAAUCAAAACAAGAAAAUAAACAAUUUGCAACAAUUUCUUCCUCAAACAUCAAUAAUAUCAACAUUAGAACAUUUACCUGACGAAAUUAUUCUAGAAAUAUUUAAACAUAUGAAAGCUAUUGACAUAAUACGCGCAUUUUUUAUGCUAAAUUCAAGAUUCAAUCGCAUUAUCAAUGAUGUUAAGUUAAAUGUCGAUCUAGAAAAUAUAUCUAAAAAUGAUUUUGAUUACAAUUGUGAACAUAUUUUGUGCAAAAGAUAUUUUCAAUCACAAGUACAUUUUCUGAAAUUAUCCAAUAUAGGCACAUGGAGAGCUAUAGACACAUUUUUCGACAAAUUUGCCAUUGAACAAUUUACCAAUUUGACCUGUUUAACAUUAAUUGAUUCAAAAAGUUUAUUGAGAGAAAUUUUAGAAUCAUUGUCAUCUCUUAGAUAUUUGAAUACAUUGAUUAUACAAGAAUCAGAUUAUCCUACCGAUAACACAUCAUCUAUUUCUAAUAUUGUCAUAUCUGAUAAAAUAUCAUCAUUAAAAAAGUGUGUGUUACUCUUUGAUGAACUUGUUCGUUUAGACAAUGUAAGUUUAUCUCAUAUUGAAGAUUUAACGAUAACAUAUUGUUAUUUACAUGAAUUGUUAAUUCUUCUCGACAAUGUACCAAAAUUAAAAUUUUUAACCGUUGAAUUAGCUUAUAUAGAAGAUGAAAAUAGAGAUUGUACACAUUUAUCUACAAAAGUACCAUUAUUGACACAUUUAAAUUUAAUCAAAACUGGACGUAUUUACUUUGAAUAUAUUGAAUCAUUACUUGAAAAUCUUCCACAAUUAAAAUAUUUAUCUUGUUCAGCUACAGAUUAUGAUUUUGCUGAUGGUGAACGUUGGGAGCAUACAUUAUCUACAUUACAUUCACUAGGAACAUUUCAAUUUGAUCUUGUAUUAGCGGUAGAUAAUGAUGUUGUUACAGCAACAAACAUAAUAUCAAAAUUUAAUCAGCAGUGGCCAAUGGUAUACGAACAUGAUGAAAUAAACAAUCAUGAAUUUUUAUACAUUCACACUAUUCCAUAUCCUCAUUCAACACUUCGCAAAUCUUUUAGUUGUUUUAGAUCAGCUAAUAGUCUAUCGAAUGUUUACGACAAAGUUGAAUAUCUUAGUCAUAUUGUAAACAGUAGUCAGAUAAUAUCACCGAAUUAUUACCCAAAUGUUCAUUCAUUAGAAUUAGAAGAUGAAGAAGGAGACAAUGAUAUACUAAUUAAGAACGUUCAAAAGUCAUUAGCCCUUGAUGACAUUGCAAAAACAAUUUGUUUAUCAAAAUUAAAACAUCUUAAAAUUACCAUUCGUUUAUCGUCUGAUCUGUUUUUACAAUUGUUACAAAAAGCCAAAAAUUUGAACUCAUUAGAAAUUCCCUUUGGCAUACUGUUAAAAAUGACACGAAACUUAAAUGAAGAUACUGUAUGUUACUAUUUAAAUAAAAUGAUAAAGAAAUUAGUUUUAUGUAAUACCGAUGAAUUAACCGUAUAUAAAACUCUUCAAUUUAUCAAUGUAUUUUCAAAUAUUGUUCAUCUCUACUUAAAUAUUCGUACGAUUGAUGAAUUUUGUAUUAUAACACCAUUAUUAUUGGAAAAAUUGGUUAAACUUGAAGAUUUACAGAUACAAAUGAUCGAUUCAAACUAUAAUUUUGAUGCAUGGUUAAGAGCAAAUACAGUAUUAGAAAAUUUCACCUAUCAGCGUGAUGAAUAUACACUUCAGAUAUGGAAAUGA